UGUUUCAUCUGCUCCACUAGAAGAAGAGGAAGAUUCUAAAGACAGCUGAUGUGACAGCGAUAAAGUUUUCAGCAUGCAUGCAUUUGAGAUCUUCGAUUCAUCCCAUCCUCACCUUAGCCCUGUCAGCCAUUUUGUUUCUCAGCAACCCUGUUCAGAAUAUGCUUCAGGGGGCGGAGUCUGUCAUCGGGAGGCGUGGCUUUUCAGUGAUCUGGAAUAUGCCUACAGCUCGAUGUCAGCGUCGGUACGGAGUCUCCCUGCCGCUGCGCCAGUACAACAUUAUACAUAACUCACAGCAGAGAUUUCAGGGUCAGAAUAUGAGCAUAUUUUAUCAGCGCCGUCUGGGCCUCUACCCCUACAUCAACCGUCAGGGGUCAAAAGUCAAUGGUGGCCUGCCUCAACAAGGAUACCUAAAGGCUCAUCUCUCAUUGGCUGAGGCGCAGAUCAUUGAAGUGUUGAGACAGAUGUUCAGCGGAUUAGCUGUGCUAGAUUGGGAGGCGUGGCAGCCCAUAUGGAUGUGGAACUUCGGGACCAGAAUUGCAUAUCGGAAAUUUUCGAAAAAGCUGGUUAGGUGGAAACAUCCAGAUAUGUCAGAGGAGGAAGUGAAAUCCAAGGCGAAGGCUGAGUUUGAAUUAGCAGCAAGAGCGUUUAUGGAAAAGACUCUGCGCCUUGGUGUUCGCCUCUGCCCAGAGGGAUUAUGGGGGUUUUAUGGGUUUCCCGGUUGCUAUAACAAUCAUGGCCAAGGACAAAGCGGCUACACGGGGCAGUGUCACAAUGGCACGGAGAUUUUGAAUGAUAGACUGGCGUUUCUAUGGCAACACUCCACCGCCCUGUAUCCCAGCAUUUAUCUGGGGCGUAAGCUGGCAGGACAUACACAUGCUCAACUAAUGGUGAGACAUCGUGUACUUGAAGCCCUCCGAGUGGCAUCCCAGCAUUCACUUGGCCCUGAAGCACUUCCUGUUUUUCCCUACGCCAGAGUGGCGUUCACACACACAUUGGCGUUCCUGAAUCAGACGGAUUUGGAGCACACACUAGGUGAGAGUGCUGCUUUAGGUGCCGCUGGAGUUGUGUUAUGGGGCGAGCUGAGUUUCGCCAAGUCCAAGCGGCAGUGCGCCCUCUUGCGUGAUUACCUAGGCUCAGUAUUAGGAGACUAUGUCACCGCCCUGCAGGCCAGUGUGAGGAACUGCAGCGAAAGAAUGUGUAACACCCAGGGACGCUGUGCUCGUCGGGACCCUCACUCGGGUUACAUGAUCCCUCUAAGUGGUACCCAUGAAGCUCUUCCUCUCAGCGACAUGAGGUCAAAGUUCAAGUGUGUGUGUUAUAAAGGAUGGAGCGGAGAACAAUGUGACCAAAAUCAUUUCUAAGAACUGUUUGCAACCCACUUCAUUUCUGCAAUGUGACAUUUAUGAGUUAAA